AUGUUUGAAUCUAAGGCAUCCUUCGCUCAAGCCUUAGAGAGUGGUCAGAUCCUUCACCAUGAUGCUAUUUGUCUGGAGGAGAAUGACUUUCACCUGGUGAAAGCCCCUGAUGAUAAGAAAGCUGUCGCAUACAUAUUAUGGAAGAAGGACAGCAAUGCAGAUACUGCUCCUUGUGAAGACAAGGUGUUCGGAUAUGUGGUUUACAACUUUGACCAACUGCUGAAUGUGGUCCUCCAAGACAACAUCGUACAAGCACUCAAGGACAGUAAUGUCAGGAUACAACUAUAG